GUUUGUAGUAGAAAGAAUAAAGAUAAGAGCCUCUUUUGGAGAAUCAAUGGCUUCCUUCAACCACUUUGUUCUACUGAUUCUGUUAACAAUCACUCUUAUUUUAUGGGCUGAAGCAAUACCAUCAAAGGAAGAGAAGAAAGAAAUGGAGAGACAACUCAAAGCUAUCAACAAGCCUGCUAUCAAGAGUUUCAAGCUAAAGCCAACAACUGUACCUGAAUGGAUCACUGGAAACAACACUUCAGGGAGAUUUGGUCUUCAACAAGAAGGUAUAAGCUGUCCAGAUGGAACAGUAAUUGUAAAAAGGACAACAAUGCAAGAUCUUAUGCAUGCACAACGUUUGAAAUCCAUGGGAUUCGACGGCCCGAGACCUUUUCUCACAGAGAGAAAUAACACUGAUUUAAACGGAAAAUUCUACUUUGCAAAAGCUGACAUUGGACCGGCUAGUUUUUCUGGAGUAAAAGGAAACAUUAACAUAUGGAAACCAAAAAUCUUGCAAGAUCAAGUUAGUCUUGCAUUCAUAAGCGUUGGUGGAGGGCCUAAAGAAAAAUUCGCCAGCAUUUCAAUUGGAUGGAUGGUGAAUCCAUCGCUCUACUACGGUGAUUACGUUCGCUUAUACGCCUCAUGGACUAUACACGGAAGCCAGACCGGCUGCUACGACAUGUCAUGUCCUGGAUUUGUGCAAGUUAGCAAGACUACACCAAUUAGUGCUAUUCUUCAACCAAUUUCGAUCUAUGAUGGUCCACAGUAUGAAUUGCGUUUGAGCUUGUAUCAGGAUCGUGUCAAGGGAGAUUGGUGGUUUGCAUUUAAGGAUGAGAACAUCGGAUACUGGCCAGCAUCAUUGUUCAAGUCCUGGAGGGAAUCUAACAACGCAAAUUAUGCAUCUUGGGGAGGUCAAGUGUACAGCCCAGUGACAGAGAAGGCUCCAGUUAUGGGAAGUGGUCAUUGGCCUAUUGAGGGAUUAAAAAAAGCAGCCUAUGUGAACGGCAUCAAAAUCAUCGAUAGGUCGGGGACAGUUUUCGAUCCCGAAGUUGGUUCAGUGAAGCUAAAGCCAACAACUGUACCUGAAUGGAUCACUGGAAACAAUGGUUCGGGGAGUUUUGAUCUUCUGCAAGAAGGUAUAAGCUGUCCAGAUGGAACAGUAAUUGUAAAAAGGACUACAAUGCAAGAUCUUAUGCAUGCACAACGUUUGAAAUCCAUGGGAUUCGACGGCCCGAGACCUUUCCUCAAAGAGAGCAAUAACACUAAUUUAAAUGGAAAAUUCUACUUUGCAACAGCUGACUAUGGACCGGAUCGUUUUGGUGGAGUAAAAGGAAACAUUAACGUAUGGAAACCAAAAAUCUUGCAAGAUCAAGUUAGUAUUGCAUACAUAGCAGUUAGUGGAGGGACUAUUGAAGAAAAUUUGGCCAGCAUUUCAGUUGGAUGGGUGGUGAAUCCAUCGAUGUACUCUGGUGAUCAUGUUCGUUUAUACGCCUACUGGACUACACAUGGAAACAUGACCGGCUGCUACGCCACGUCAUGUCCUGGAUUUGUGCAAGUUAGCAAGACUAUACCAGUUAGUGCCAUUCUUCAACCAAGUUCCAUCUAUAAUGGUCCACAAUAUGAAUUGCGUUUAAGCUUGUUUCAGGAUCGUGUCAAGGGAGAUUGGUGGUUUGCAUUUAAAGAUGAGAACGUUGGAUACUGGCCAGCAUCAUUGUUCAAGUCCUGGAGGGAAUCUAACAGCGCAAAUCAUGCAUUUUGGGGAGGUCAAGUGUAUAGCCCUGUGACAGAGAAGACUCCACCUAUGGGAAGUGGUCAUUGGCCUAGUGAGGGCUUCCAUAAAUCUGCUUAUGUUAGCGGCCUCCAAAUCAUGGAUAGUUAUGGAACAGUUUUUAACCCAGAAUCCGGUACAGUGAAGCUUCCUGUUUUAGACUUAACACAACCGAUUGAGUCCUCUGUUCUGUCUUCUCUCUCUGAAGCUUGUAAAGAGUGGGGAUUCUUCUAUGUCACCAAUCAUGGAAUCUCUAAAGAGAUGUUCAGCAAAAUCUGUUCCUUGUCCAGAGAUGUUUUCAGAGUUCCUCUUGAAUCAAAGCUCAAGCUUGGUCCCUUUUCUUAUACUCCUCGUUACAUCGCCUCUCCUUAUUUCGAAAGCCUUGUUGUCUCGGGACCUGAUUUCUCCGGUUCUGCCAAAGCUUCUGCAGAUGUUUUGUUCCAAGAUCAUCAUAAACCAGAGUUAAGAGAAACACUUCAAGAAUACGGAGCUAAAAUGGCUGACUUGUCCAAAAGACUCAUAAAGAUUCUCUUGAUGAUAACCUUAGGAGAGGAAACAGGGAAGAGAUUCUACCAAACUGAGUUUAGCAACUGUCAUGGAUACUUAAGGCUAGUGAACUAUACACCUCCACACGACGUAGAGAAGCAAAAAGAGCUCGUUGAAGGUCUCGGGAUGCACACGGAUAUGAGCUGCAUAACAAUAGUCUAUCAAGAUUCAGUUGGUGGACUUCAGAUGAGAUCUAAGGAAGGGAAAUGGAUCGAUAUAAAUCCGUGUGAGGAUCUCCUUGUCGUUAACAUUGGAGAUCUUAUGCAAGCAUGGAGUAACGGAAGGCUGAGAUCGUCUGAACAUCGAGUUGUAUUGAGAAAGUUGGUGAACAGAAUCUCUCUGGCGUUUUUUCUCUGCUUUGAGGAUGAGAAAGUGAUACUUGCGCCAGAAGAAAUCAUUGGAGAGGGAAACUGCAGGAGCUACAAGUCUUUUAAAUGUUCGGAGUAUCUAAAGUUCAGACAGAGUAAUGAAGUAGGAAAGUUUGAGAAGAUUGGUUACACUGUCACAGACUUUGCUGGACUUACGCUGGCUCAACCAGAUGAUCCUUAGAGACCAAACCGCGUGUUUCGGUUUAUUGUUGCGAGUGUUAACUAGUGGAAUCCAAAGCUACUUUUGGAUUUAGAUUUUUGUAUUAAAAAUGUUUUGAGUCU